AGCAUCAGUCGUUGGUUCAGUUCCUUCCAGACAGACAUACGCAUCACUCACGCAUCUUGCAUCCAACAUGGCCAAGUUCCUAGUGCUCCUCCUCGUGAUCGCCCUCAGCCUGCUGUCCCUGGGUGAUGCUCAGCGGUACUCCCAGCGCCUGAGCCGCGGACGUUCCCGCUACUCGGCCCGCCAGGAGCUGGCCCCAGCGGCUGCUGGGGAUGUGGAUGCCGUCACUCCGUAUCCCUCUGCUGACGAAUUGAAGCCCGAGGUGCCCUUCGAUGAGGCGGCCGCUCCUGCCGCACUUGAUCCCACCCCAGAUGCCGUCUAUGGACCUCCCGAUGCCGCGCCCAACAGUGUCCCCGAUGAGGUUUACGGUCCCCCCGAUGUCACCGGCAACGAUCUGCCCGCUGCCGACAUUCCUGCGGAGCAACAAGCUCGCCUGGUGGCCGCCAGGCGCGCGGCCAACUAUCGCCGGGCCGGACAACCCGUGGCAUAUCGCCGGGCUGUCUCCGCUGCGGCACGUCCGGCCAAGCUGAGUGCUGCCCGCUCCGUUGUGAGACGUUUCUAGAUGCGGUCUCUCCCCGUCCCUCAUUUGCAUACGAGCUGCCCGGGCUAGGCAGUCGUUCAGUCAGAUGUUAUACCCGGUACAAUCCCAAAACCCAUGACGAUCCAGCGAUCCACAAUGAUACACACACUCUCACACCCAUACCAUGCAGAGUCACUCUCUCAGAUACACCACACCACUGAACAAUAUCUCUCGAUUGUAAGCAGAUGCAAAUAAAAUAUGUUUGGGAAAACAUA